CGGCCGGGGCCGGGGGGGGGCGGCGGCGGCGGCAGCCUACGUGCCGCCUGCGAGUGGGGGGCGCCGGAGGGACAGAGCCGCCGCCCGGCCCCGCCAUGUCGGACUUCGACAGCAACCCCUUCGCCGACCCGGACCUCAACAACCCCUUCAAGGAUCCCUCAGUAACACAAGUGACAAGAAAUGUUCCUCCAGGAUUAGAUGAGUACAAUCCUUUUUCUGAUUCAAGAGCACCUCCUCCAGGAAAUGUGAAGAUGCCUAAUGUACCCAGUACCCAGCCAGCAAUAAUGAAACCAACAGAAGAACCACCUGCUUACACACAAAUUGCGAAGGAGCAUGCCUUGGCCCAGGCAGAACUGCUAAAGCGCCAAGAAGAGCUAGAAAGAAAAGCAGCUGAACUAGAUCGCAGAGAAAGGGAAAUGCAGAGUCUCAGUCAGCAGGGGGGUAGAAAAAAUAACUGGCCACCUCUUCCUGAGAAUUUUCCAGUGGGUCCAUGUUUCUAUCAGGACUUUUCUGUAGACAUUCCUGUAGAAUUCCAGAAGACAGUGAAGAUUAUGUACUAUUUGUGGAUGUUCCAUACAGUGACACUGUUUCUUAAUAUCUUUGGAUGUUUGGCCUGGUUUUAUGUUGAUCCGACACGAGGGGUUGAUUUUGGAUUGAGUAUCCUCUGGUUCUUGCUUUUUACUCCUUGUUCUUUUGUCUGCUGGUACAGACCACUUUAUGGAGCUUUCAGGAGUGACAGUUCGUUCAGAUUCUUUGUGUUCUUCUUUGUAUAUAUCUGUCAGUUUGCUGUACAUGUACUUCAAGCUGCCGGAUUCCAACGGUGGGGAAACUGUGGGUGGAUUUCAUCUCUUACUGGUCUUAAUAAGAGCAUCCCUGUUGGCAUUAUGAUGAUAAUCAUAGCUGCACUUUUCACAGCAUCUGCUGUUAUCUCAUUAGUUAUGUUUAAAAAGGUGCAUGGUCUGUACCGCACGACUGGUGCUAGUUUUGAGAAGGCGCAGCAGGAGUUCGCAACAGGAGUGAUGUCCAACAAAACCGUACAAACGGCCGCAGCAAACGCCGCGUCAACGGCAGCAACCAGUGCAGCUCAGAACGUGUUCAAGGGUAACCGAAUGUAGAGAAAUAUAAAAAGUCAUUUGUACUUUAUUUUUGAUUGUACUUUAUUUUCCAGUCACUUACUAUAUUCCCUAAAAGCCUAGAUCAAAAUACACACAGCAUGUUUAUCUGUUCUUCAGCUGUGCAUGAGUAAAAUGGAAAAUUGGUUUUAUUCUAUUAUAAAUUUAUUUAUUUUAAAAAAGAUUCUUUGCCCCUCGUUAAAAUGUUGUGUUCUAGAAAAUAAAACCCUCCAUAUUUUAUGAAGGAUGAAUAAUUUCAACAAUUGGCCUGAGAAUGACUUAUAGUACUUUAUGAUCAAAUAAAUGUAUUAGAGAUUUGGAAGUUUUAUAGUAGUUCACUUUUUUUUUUUUUUUUUAACUUCAGGAAAGCACUUUGGAUCAAUUAUUGUUGUUUCCCUAUUUCUACAAUGAGAAGUAGGGUAGACAAAGAGCUGUAGCAAGUUAGGUUUGGCUGCUGAGUUUGCAAUUUCAGCAGCUGCUGUAGGACAGAUACAAGUAGGAUAGAUGCUAUAAAUUCUCCUCCUGUUUUUUUUAGGAUAAGUCUUUUGAUAUAAAUCUAUAAGUUUGCAUGAAUACUGUUGAGUUAUUUGAUCAUGUUUAAAUAGUGUUUUGGUCUAGAAUUUACCUGCGCCACUUUGUAAUUAUAGGGUUUGUUUGUAUCUAUUUUCAUGGAGUAUUCUCUACCUGUGAGAAAUGACUAUGGUGCAUAAACAUUCUCUGUAAUAGAAUGUGUAAUGCAGUGUACAGCUUAGGGAGGUUAACUGAUGGUUUUGAUCAGAGAGGUAAAUGAUUAUAUAUUUGCUAUUUUUAAUUUCAGUAUUCAUGUCUUAGGGUAAUCAUUCUGAUGGAAAAGAAACCAAUAUUGACUUUUAGAACACUAGUUUCUUGCGCCCCUCCCAUUUUUACAUGCAGUGGUAUUUUUGUUGUGCUUGGGAUUUUGUUUUUUGGGUUUUUUUUAAGUGUAGAUUUGUGUUUAACAGUGGUACUAAAUCUCUAGCCUUGUUAGUCACUCUGUUUACUGCUUGUCCAAAAAUCUGAAUAUACUGUAUUUAAUUUUCUAACAGGAAUAUUGUCUCAAAUCAAGCUUUUAAAAUAAUGGUGUUUAACAGAUACUUGAAUUCAUUUUAACGUAACUCAGCCUUCUCUGAGAUUUGAUUUAAGCUGGGGGUAAAAAAAAAAGGCAUUUUAGCUAUUUUGAGUUGGAAAAGUGAGAAAACCUUCUUCUUUUACAAAAUUAAAUUUUAACUUAUUGAACUGUGUGUCUAAGGGGUUAAAUUGGAGCUGUGCAGCUGAACAAUCCAUAAUGGUACAUCCUAUCAUAAUAUUCCAAAAUUUAGUCAAGUCUAACUAUAAAGUGAUGUUUCUCUCCACGGAAUACCAUCUGAUGCACUUGGAUGGACUAAUGAAUAUUAUGCACAAUAUUGUAGGCUGUUUUUUAAGGUCUGUUUUAGAAAAUGAAGACAGGAAGGAUCACGCCCCUCCAGGCUGUUUAAGUACACGCUGUAGUUGAAGUAAUGCAGCUCUUAAUGUGAAUAAUGUUUAGCAACACUGAGUUUUAAAAUUCUGAGGCACCUCCAUGUUCUGAAUGAGGUCUAACUUUCAUAGAAUAAUCCUUUUUCACGACAGUGUAUUAGUAAUAACGUAAGAACAUUACAGAAAAUAAAUCCUGUAACUUAAUCCUGUGAUCAGUAUAAUACUGUUAGCAUAAAGUCACUAUUAGUAUCCUUUUAUUUACUAACUUUUUAAAAUCCUACUUACAUUAGAAUAAAUAUAGUAGGUUCACCUACCUAUUUGUGCAUAUAUAUGCUUCUAAAUAUUCUUCAUGUCAUAAAGUUAAAGUAAUUCAAAUAAUCCAUGUAAUAGGGACUCUAAAAUUUUAUGCUAGAGGACAUGCUAGCAUUGAACUUAAAUUUGUGUGGAGUAUUAUUAAAUGUUUUCCAGACAAAAGUCACAAUUUUCUACAGAGAUCAGGUAUCACACUUCUAGCAGCUAUAUGGUUCUUUCUGAAUAUUUUAAAUCUAACUUUAGUGUUGCAUCUAGGAAACCCUACUAAGAAUUACUUCUGAACCUAAAUUUAAACAUAUUUCUCUCUUCCUCGCUCCUCCCUCCUGCUUCCCCUCUCUCCUUUCUCUUGCUUUUCCCCUUCUCUCCCCUUCUCUUCCUUUCCCGCUUUCCCUCUCUGCAUCUCUCCCCCUCUCCUUGCCUCUCCCUCUCUCUCUUUGCCCCCCUCUCUCUGUUUCCCUGUCUUGGAUAUGAAGACAUACACAGACAUCAUCCUUGCAAUUAAAUUUAAGUUGAAGAUUGCAUAGUGAUUUACAUUAACAGUGUAAUAUAGAAAAGACAUUAACAAAUAAAACCUGAAAUUGACAGGUAGAUUUUUUUCCCAAAUAUUUAACUGUUGAGAAAACAUACUUGAUGUUCAGUGUGUAGGGAGUGUUGAUUUGUAACGUCAUGGAUUGAGUGUACAGAUUUAAACCUUGUAAGUGAAAUUCAAAUGUAACUACAUAAUUUGUUUGAAUGAAAAUUCUGACACAGCUCAGGAGGGAGGGAGAAGUUUGUGUUUAGCUCAGAAGGCUGAUGCUUGUUAAAAUACUUUGUACUUAACUAAAACUAGAUUUUGCAGUCUCUUAUUGGUCAAUCAGACUAUGGCGCCCACUUAAGUUGUCAUUUUGUGGUAUUGUGGCAAAUGGAGUACAGAGUAUGAAGUUUAAACACUGGAAUGUCAGUAGUCAUUGAUCUGUAAUUUAGGAGUUGGUUUUAUUUAUCUGAGGGAUGUUUGUAUAUUUUGUAAAUUACUAACAAUGCUCUGCCAUCCUGGUGAAUGUCCUGGUUCUGUACAAAUGCACUUAUUCUGUCCCUCUGUUGCAUGCCUGGGUAGUUCAGAAGUUUUGUAUAUUUAUUGUAUUAACACCGUGUCAUAGAAUAAAAAAAAAAGACUUUUUUCCUGGAUGUUUGCUCUGUAUAGUUUUGAACAAUAUAGGGACUUUUUUUAAAGGUCAGGAUUAUGUGCAGGAGGGCUGAUCUGUGUAAAAGUCUCACUUGUUUUUUAUAAUCCUGUAUAUAAAUUCUGUAAUGCUGCUGAAAUUGGAAAGUAAAAUGUCGAUUAUCAAAAUCAUACAUGAUGGUAAUGGGAAUUAGUCUACCUAAAUAUCAUCAAGAAAACCCUUAUGCAUCUGCAGCCUACUUCCUCGCGCUGUUAAGUUAGAGGGGUAAAAUCUAAAUGUGUUCUGCCAUUGCUGAGGUUCUACAGGUAUUAAGUGAAUCCUAAGACAUUAUUCAAAGUAAAAUGAAAUUGCUGAAAACAG